AUGAUUAAUCCGCCGUCAAUCUUCACAGGACUGCCGCGCGACCACACACGCUCGUCCACCCCGGAGCCCCGCCCCACCGCUGCGCCCGACCACCCCCCAACCCGCGACGGCCGCAACAGCUCGCUGCCAGCGACAAAGGCCACGAGCGCAUGGCUGGCUGCGCAGCCGCAUGCCACUGAUCCAGAGCCGCCCCCAGGCCCCGUCAACCCGCCGUCGUGCCGCAAGUCAGUCGCUGAUUCGUUUGUCGCUCCUUCGAAGCCUGCUGAGAAGCGCCUGUUUCCACACCAAGGCCCCGCCCACAAGCACCCCCACAGCGAGCCGCUGCACAAGCGCCGCAAGCUCCAGAAGCGCUCGCGCCACACGCUCGACUGCUUCGAUCUCCCCGCUCCGUCCCUGGACCGCAAGCAGCCGCCUUCGCCUCUCUUCUUCUCCCACACCAAGCGCGCCCGCCCGCCCUUGCCCGCGCGCUUCUCGAGCUCCGAGGCCGCCGCGAGGAUGUUGAGCAAUGCGCGCGAGGACAGCGGCAUCAAGACAGUCACUCUAGCGCGCGGCACAUAUGCUGGCUCGAGCCCCUCGACCCGCACAUCUGUCGAUCGCGCGAGCCUGCCUCCCGCUUCGCCCGAGAUUCGCGACAGGCCCGAGGUGCCGCGCGCCCUCAGCAACAUAGGCAUUGGAGAGCUGCUGGAGCAGGACGGGCGCCCUACUUUCAUUGUCGAUCUGGGCGAGCCCACCAACUACGGCCCGGGAUAUUUUCAUGUAGUUUUCGCCAAUUCAGCUCUGCGCGCCAGCAUCGGCCUUCUCGACCUCGUGAGCGGCAAAGUCGUGCAUGGGUCCCAGGACCCCGCCACUUUCAAGGCCUUUACCCACUUCAAGACGUGGGUACUCAGCGCCGUCGUGCACGGCGAAUCCCUGGACGUCUGCAUUCCUGGCAUGCUCUACGGCGGCCUGUCGUGGACCAUAUACACCAUCCGGAAGAAGUACCGUGUCGUCAGCGGCAACUAUGCCGCUUCGCCCACCCCGACCACAACCUCGUCUCUCCCGGGUUCGGUGGCGACGCAGCAACCGUCGUCUGCAGGCCGGUUUGCAAGGGGGCAGAAGCUUGGCCCUCCUGAUUCCGAAGGCCUGGUUCUGCCGAGUACCGAAUCGGAUGCUACCGACUACUUCGGCCUCGCCACGGGCGACGGCCCUUCGCCUGAUGACAUGCCCAGCACCCCACAGACGGCCGGCACCAUGACGACCGCCGCGGAGCCCGCCGAGACGCCGCAAACCCCGGCUGGCUUGACCGGACGCCUUUUUGGGGCUACCUCGGAUGUAGCUUCCUUUGUCACUCAUCCGUCGUUAACAAACGAGUGCGUACUCCGGGCUGCUGUUGCCGGCACCGUUGAUCCAUUUGAAAGCUGUAAUGACCCGAGUUCCAGGAAAGAGAUUGGCUUCUUCGACUGGACGCGCCUCCCCAUCGACUCCAAUCUCCCCAAGCACAUCCAGUUCGCGCGUAGUGUGGACUGGGCAUCAACUCCUUUGGGGCCAAUCGAGUUCUGGUCAGCUGACUUGCGGCAAAUGUGUAAUUUGAUCAUGGCCAGCCCUCAUCCUGCAGCCAUGUACUGGGGCGAAGACCUUGUAGCAAUAUACAACGAAGCAUACAUAUUACUUGCCGGACAAAAGCACCCGACUCUGAUGGGCCAAAGCUACAAGGAUGCCUGGGCAGAAAUUUGGGAGGACGUCAAAGAUGUAUUUGCGAGCGCAAAGACCACCGGCCAGGCCACAAUGAAGGAUGACGAUUGCCUUUUUAUCAAGCGAAGCAACUACCUCGAGGAGACGUACUUUUCCUGGGCGAUUAUUCCAAUGAUCGGAGGCGAUGGAACCGUCAUGGGCCUCUACAAUCCGGCAUUUGAAAAGACCCGGCGGAAGAUUGCCGAGAGACGGAUGCUCACCCUCCGCGAAGUGGGCGAGCGGACCGCUGUCGCCCGUGACAUAAAAUCUUUCUGGGACCAGGUCAUGAAAGCACUCGCGAGCAACGAGUAUGACACGCCAUUCGUGCUCCUAUACUCAGUCGCGGACGACUCCGACAGCGACUCUUCAUCGAUGCAUUCGAGCAGCGUUUUUGGCACCAAGCAAUGUUUGUUAGAAGGUUCAAUGGGCGUACCAGCGGGCCAUCAGUGUGCACCCGACCAACUGGAGUUAAAGACGAGCAUGGACGGCUUUGCGCCUGUACUACGGGAAGUUAUGAAGACCGAUAAGCCGGUUUUACUGGACAUCGGCAGCGGAGACCUGCCUACAGAGAUGAUGGAAGGCAUCGGGGGCCGCGGUUUUGACGAUCCCGUACGGUCCAUUGUGGUUUGCCCGAUACAUCCGACCACUGGAGAGUCCAUUCUGGGAUUCUUGGUCCUUGGCGUUAACCCGAGGCGGCCCUACGAUGAUGAUUACAACCUGUUUGUUCAACUUCUAAGCAGGCAGUUAGCCACGUCUUUGGCGUCGGUGGUUCUUUUCGAGGAGGAGAUUCGUCGGGGUCAAAGAGCUGCAAAACUGGCUGCGAUGGAUCGGAUGGAGCUGUCCGAACAGCUUGCCGCCAGGACCCAGGAGGCAAGAGACAGCGAGACGAGAUUCACUCGCAUGGCGGAGUUUUCUCCGGCCGGCCUUUUCAUUGCCAAUUCAGAAGGUCACAUCAUUUACUGCAAUGACACUUGGUAUGAGAUAUCCCGAGUGCACAAGGACACGGCCAGCACGGAUCAAUGGAUAGACGCAGUCAAACCGGAGGACCAGCAGAUGGUCGCUCAUCUGUGGAAUACCCUGGUCGAAAAGACGGAGGCUGUCACGGCCGAGUUCCGGUUCAAGGCGCCCUGGGAAGACAGGAACGGCAACUCCACAGACACUUGGGUCCUGUUCAGCGCCUACCCGGAGAAGAAUGUUCAAGGUACUCUCAAGAGCGUCUUUGGAACGAUCACAAACAUCAGUCAGCAGAAAUGGGCCGAGGGCUUCCAGAAGAGGAAAAUGGAGGAGGCUGUGGAGCUGAAACGGCAACAGGAGAAUUUCAUUGAUAUCACUUCUCAUGAAAUGAGGAAUCCUCUGAGCGCCAUCUUGCAAUGCGCCGACGAAAUCUCUUCCUCUCUGCUCGAGUUCAGACAAAGCGGAUCAAAGGUGAUCGAGGAGGAACUCGUCAGUAACAGUAUCGAUGCUGCCCAAACCAUCGCACUCUGUGCGCAGCAUCAGAAGCGUAUCGUGGAUGAUGUGCUCACUCUGAGCAAGCUCGACUCUGCCAUGCUUCUUGUGACGCCUGUCGACGUCCAGCCGUUGACAGUCGUCCAGCGCGCGCUGAAGAUGUUUGAGGGAGAGCUGCAGACCGCCGACAUUCAAAUGGAGUUCAUAGUGGAUGAGUCCUUCAACAAGCUCGGCGUAGAUUGGGUCAGACUGGAUCCAUCCCGUGUGUUGCAAGUGCUAAUCAACUUGACAACAAACGCCAUCAAAUUCACCACGACCGAGGCCAAACGGACAAUCAAAGUAACCAUUGCGGCAUCGACAGUCAAGUUUUCCAAGCUAGAGAACAGACUCGUCAACUACUUCCCCACGCGAUCGAAGAGAGUAGACAUGACGGAAAGCCACGACUGGGGGACAGGCGACGACAUCUACGUGCAUUUCGCCGUGCAAGACACCGGCCGUGGCCUCAAUGAAGAAGAAAAGAAGCUCCUCUUCCUGCGCUUUUCCCAAGCCUCGCCCCGCACGCAUGUGCAAUACGGCGGCUCUGGCCUCGGCCUGUUCAUCUCACGCGAGCUCACUGAACUCCAGGGCGGCGAGAUCGGCGUCUCGUCAGAAGCCGGCAAAGGAAGCACCUUCGCCUUCUACGUCAAAGCCCGCCGCAGCAGCCCGCCCGCCGACCCGGUCGAGCAGCUGCCGGUCAGCCUGGCGCGAGCGCCCAGCGACCCGCGCAACAAGCGGGCCCAGGACCCCAUCAUCAAGACCAGGGACUUCGCGGCGCCGGUGCCGAGCCGGCCGACGAGCGCCGCCAGCAGCAGCCAGAAGAACAACCAGGCGCAGAGCAGGAAGGACAUCACGGUGCUCAUCGUCGAGGACAACCUGGUCAACCAGAAGGUGCUGCAGAAGCAGCUCAAGAACCAGGGCUUCACCGUGCACGUGGCCAACCACGGCGGCGAAUGCCUCGACCAGCUGCGCACGUCGACGCACUACGCCGCGCCGCUCGAGACGUCGGCGCCGCCGCUCGAGCUCUCGGUCGUGCUCAUGGACCAGGAGAUGCCCGUCAUGGACGGCCUGGCCUGCACGCGGACGAUUCGGGGGUGGGAGGAGAACGGGAAGCUCAUCGGACACGUGCCCAUCAUCGCCGUCACGGCGAAUGCGCGGGCGGAGCAGAUUGCGCAGUUGAUGGCGGCGGGGAUGGAUGACGUUGUGAGUAAGCCGUUCAGGAUUCCGGAGCUGGUGCCGAAGAUUGAAGAGCUGGCGGAGAAGUUCAAGAAAAGGGAAGAGGACAAGAAUUGA